UCAAUGGGGAUGCUUUGAUUGUGAGUUCCUGCAUGGCAGAAUGGAUUGGACUGGAUGGCCCUUGGGGUCUCUUCCAAAGCUAUGAUUCUAUGAUUUUUCGACUGAUAACAUUUGCUUUCUCUUUAUACUAGGAAGUCAACAUCCUUGCCAUUUCCCAGGCUGCCUCACCCUCUGGACUGCCAACUUAUUCAGCCUUGCGCGGAUUGCGUGGAAAGUUUGUGGCUUCCUGCGUUCAUCACAUUUUUGCAGCCGACGGCACUUCACGUUUAUCCCUGGGAUCAGCGAAGAGUUGGAAGAGACCCCCAGGGCUAUCCUACCCAACUCCAUUCUGCCAUGUAGGAAGACACCAUCCAUGCAUCCCCAAUAGAUGACAACCCAGCCUGUGUUUCCAAAGAAGAAGACUCUACCACCUUCCAAGCACCGGGACCCAAGGCGGCUCACAAGAUUCAAAGGACAGUGCAAUUCAAAACGUAGGAAAACGACUCUCCACCUGCUCGUUUUUUUAAAAGAGAGAGAGGGUCAUUAUCCCCGCGGCUAUUCAACGUCAAUGGAGCAUGCAAGAAGAGCCGCUUCUUCUAUUGUGUCCCUGGACUCCUUCUGAUUGGCUCUGGAGUGUGGGAAACUCAUGGGAAGCUGAGACCCACACUGUCUCGGGCAGCCGGAGAUGUAUAAAUGGAGGGCAGGGACAGCACACCGCCACUGCACACUUCUGGCUCGGCAUCCCCACUUGCGAAGCCACCUCUUGCCUUGGAGAAAAAGAAUGGCUCCCUCCGGCAUGGUUUUCAUGGACCCAAACAGCCUGCUCACCCCGAAAGAGAAAAACAAACUUAGAAAGCCAGUGGUGGAGAAGAUGCGCCGCGAUCGCAUCAACAGCAGCAUCGAGCAACUCAAACUUCUGCUGGAGAAAGAAUUCCAGCGGCACCAGCCAAACUCGAAACUGGAGAAAGCAGAUAUCCUCGAAAUGACGGUGGACUAUCUGAAACAGCAAAGCCAGCUGCAGGCAAAAGUGGUAGGACCUGCUCACAAAGACACCCAGGUUGACUUCAAACAAGGCUAUUCCAGAUGCCUUCAUGAAGCCUUCCAGUUCAUGUCGCUCCACAAAGUCCACACGGAGACCCAAGCCAAGCUAGUGAGCCACUUCCAAUGCAACCAGCUGUCUACAUCUGAAGUUAUGAGUUCGCCCUCCUUGAAGAGCCCCCCAUCCAAAAACAUCCAUACCCUCUGGAGACCUUGGUAGACAGAUGGGGGUUAAAAACCAAAAAGGACUUUGAUUCCAGAGGGAGGGCGGUACAGCCCUGGUCCUCUUCUUUGUAGGGAACAUUUUCCCUUCUUUAAUAUUUAUGGGGAGAGAGUCUGUUUUGAAGGUGGGAGUUGUGGUUGGGCUGUGCACCACAAGCAACACAGCCUUGGUCCAAUUUGGGAAGGGACAUGUACCUUCAUAAUGAAGACGAUGAUGUAUGUUGAACGGCAACUUUGUACGUUGUCAACGUAGUAAGAUUUUCUAAAUCGUGAUGCUGCUAAAGGAGGGGCGGGGAGGCUUUGGCGCUCCAGAUGUUGUUGGACUGCAACUUCCAUCAUGCUUCAACUGUGGCCAGAUUGGUCCAAGAGUCCGAAUAAAUGAAAGCCAACUCUGGAAGGCCAUAGCUCCCACAGCUCUGUGGUACUACAGCUCUGUAGUAAAAAUAUCACUCGCCACAUCUUUAUCAACAGUUCUGCUUCCGUAUCUCACUGUGGCCACAUUUGCACUGCAGCAAUAAUGCCCUUCGACACUGCUUUAGCUGCCAUGGCUCCUUCCUAUUGAAUCCAGGGAUUUGUGGUUCAUUGUGGCACCAAAUAGCUCACCAAGCUACAAACCCUAGAUUUAAUAGCAUACAGCCAUGGCAGUUAAAGCGGUGUCAAACUGCGUUAUUUCCACAGUGCAGACUAGACCUAAGAGAGCCCUCUCUAACAUCUGUACCAUCUAUAAGCUUCUGUACCUUGGUAACUUGGCAGAAAGCUUCAUUUUAAUCUGGUUUUGGAUGGUUCGGGACUCUCUUUCAAGAAGAGACAAAGCGCUUUGACAUUUCAGCGAUUCUCAGCCAUCCUCCAAGAAUCCUUUCUUAGGAAAGCCCUACCUUCUUGCUUUAUGUUAAAGAAAAAAUGAUGAUUAUCCAGCAAGAGAUUGCAAUGAUUUGAUGUUGUACAUUUUAUGAGAGUAAGAAAGAGUAGCUCUUCCUGAUGUUGUUUCUUUGGAAUGAUUCAUGGCUUCCUUGCCAUUCCCCUGGUGCCAUUUCUUAUAGGAAAACUAUGCCCUCUUGCUUUAUAUUAAAGAAAAAAAGGAUUAUCCGGUGAGGGAUCAUUGUGAUUUGAUUUGAUGUUGUACAUUUUGUUUGUGUGUAAGGACAAUUCGCUCUUCCUGGCGGUCUGUUUCCGUGAAAUAACACGUGUUUCCUCUGUUAUGAGAAAUGUUACCAUUCGCAACGGGUGGUUUAUGAUUUGUAUGUGUUUUUUCCUGCUGCUAGGAUCAUUGUGCAGUGCGCAUACUGUGUAUGCUUGUUGUGUGACAUUACUGGAAGGGGACGAAAUAAAGAAAAACCUGCCUUGUA